GAGAUGUUCGUCCUAGUCUAAAAUUGUAGUUAUCGCCGCUCAUCCCUUAAGGGAUCUUUCUUUCAACAACCACACACAGGUACUCGUCGUUUGUCUCUUCAAGAGGUUGUCGAUAUUCAACACCUGCACCCAGCCCAGCCCUCAGUGCAAACCUGUCGCUCGUUACCUGACUACCCAAUUCAACACGCGUUCCUUCAUUGCGACCGCGACUCGACGUCACUAAGAAUAGUAACACCUUUGCACCACUAUCCGCGACAAUGAGUGAAGAGAAGGUCCGCCUCUCGGGCGAGAAUGCCAGAGCCGCAGACUCCCCAAUCCUACCAACUGUCAAUCCCAACCUCGAGAAGAAGCAGGAGCCCAAGGGAAAUGGCAUCAAUCCUGCUGUCUAUGUAAUUGUCUGGAUUUCGCUCUCUUCAAGCGUCAUUCUCUUCAACAAAUGGAUUCUGUCCACCUUGAACUUCCACUACCCCAUCCUUCUCACAUCAUGGCAUUUGGUUUUCGCAACCAUCAUGACACAAAUCAUGGCCCGAACCACCACCCUCCUCGAUGGCAGAAAGACAGUGAAGAUGACGGGUCGAGUAUAUUUGCGAGCUAUCGUACCAAUUGGGUUGUUCUUCUCCUUGAGCUUGAUCUGCGGUAAUCUUACAUACCUCUACUUGAGUGUCUCGUUCAUCCAAAUGAUCAAGGCUUUCACUCCAGUCGCAGUCCUUAUCGCAGGUUGGAUCCUUCAAAUCGAGCCCGUCGAUCUUAAGAAGCUUGGCAACGUCUCCAUGAUCGUUGUUGGUGUUGCCUUGGCAUCAUAUGGUGAACUCGACUUCGUCCUUACUGGAUUCUUAUACCAAGUUGGAGGAAUCAUCUUUGAGGCCAUCAGAAUCUGCUUGGUCCAAACACUUCUCCAUGGCUCGGAGUUCAAGAUGGACCCAUUGGUCUCUCUAUACUACUUUGCUCCGGUCUGUGCUGUCAUGAACUUGACUGUUGCGGUAUUGUGGGAGGUGCCAAAGGUUACCAUGACUGAGGUCUAUGCCGUCGGUCUCUGGACUUUCUUCGCCAACGCAUGCUGCGCGUUCCUCUUGAAUGUUUCCGUUGUUUUCCUCAUUGGAAAAACCUCCGGUCUCGUCCUUACGCUCUGCGGUGUCCUGAAGGAUGUUCUCCUCGUCGCAGCUUCUAUGCUCAUCUGGGGAACCAAGAUCUCUGGUCUCCAAGCAUUCGGGUACAGCAUUGCUCUUAUGGGCAUGAUCUACUACAAGCUUGGACAGAAGGAGUUGAAGCCAUUCAUUGCAGAAAUGAGUCGCAGAUGGGCCGAGUUCGGAGCCAACAAGCCAGUCCUUCGCAAGCUCCUUAUCUUCACCUUCUUCAUUGGCUCAAUCAUGUUCCUCUUCAACCAACUUGCGCCAACAUACGCUCCCGACUACGAUACAAAGAGUCUGAUCGAUGCUAGCAAGACCUAUUUAGGCACCUCCUGAACGACAUUCUUGUACCACAAUUUCACAUCUGCGAUAGACAACGAGGGGAUUGGAGAAAUAAUACAAGCUUUGUAAUCCAGGCCAGGCGGCUGAUAGGGAUUGGAUGGGAACAUAAAUUACUGGGCGUAGCAUGGUACGGAGGGAGGCAUUUGCAUGGCUUUCGGUACAGCACACCUCGUCUUGCUCACUCAUCGUCCUACAGCGCAUGAUGUUUUUCAAGUACAUAAUUUGACCUUUCUCUUGCUGUUUACUACGAAAAGAAACUUCUCUUCCAUUCUCCUUUGUGUUUGCUUGCUCGAGAGAAAAUGGAAAUCUGUGUUAAUAGAGAGGCAUGGAAUGGGACCUUUCUACAGCAUGUGUAUAGAAUACGGGCGUCUUGAGCGAAAUCGGGUGGCAUGGCUCCUACACGGGCUGGAAUGUUAGAAUAGAAAGAAACAAAAAACAUUACUUCAAGUCCUGG